CAUUAACGUACUACGAUUAGCAUUAACACCGGACUGAAGCAGGACAAUGGAGAGCACAACUAUUUUGGCUAGCACUGCAGCUGCAGCCGCGGCUAGUGUGGAGGACUUAAAAUUUGGUAUUACAGAUUAUUCAGUAUUUAUACUCAUGCUGCUCGUUUCCAUGAGCAUUGGUGUAUACUUUGGCUUCUUUGCAAAGGGUAAGAACACUACAGAAGAAUAUCUGCGUGGCAGCAAAAAGAUGAAAGCAAUUCCCAUUGCCAUAUCGCUUGUAUCAAGUCAAUUAUCGGGGGUGGCCAUUAUGUCAAUUCCUGCCGAAAAUUACACAUAUGGCUUUAAUUUUAUAUUCGCUGUGCUGGCCAUGAUACCAACCGUACCUGUGCUAAUCCAUAUCAUUGUGCCAGUGUUUUAUGAAAACAAUGUUGUUAAUUGUUAUGAAUAUCUGGAGAUGCGUUUUAAUAAGCGCACGCGUCAACUGGUUACAUUAUCCUUUGUGCUAAGUCAAUUCUUAAUGCUGCCAGUCUACAUGUUUAUACCAUCGCUGGCUUUCUCCCAAGUGACUGGCGUUAACAUUCAUUUGAUCAACACAAUAGUCUCAUCGAUCUGCGUUUUCUAUACAAUGCUGGGUGGAAUUAAAGCGGUCGUUUGGACCGAUGUUGUUCAGGCGGGCGUUAUGUUAUUAUCCGUCGUAAUGGUUGGAGUGCUGGGUACUAUUCGUACUGGUGGUCUGGAUACUGUCAUUGAUUAUGCCACGCAAGGUGAUCGCCUUAAUUUUGAUUUUAGACUUGAUCCACGUGUACGCACCACCUUCUGGAAUACAUUUAGUAGUGGCAUGCUGCUGUGGACUGGCAAAAUUGGACUCGAUCAGAGCUGUGUGCAACGCAUUGUCUCUUUGCCUUCUUACAGUCAUGCUAAAAAAUCGUUGAUUAUAGCGGGCAUUGGUUUCUUGGUUAUAAUGUUUUUUAACGCCUUCGCUGGCAUCAUUAUGUUUGCGCGUUAUUUUGGCUGUGAUCCAAUGCUAGCUGGCCUUGUCAGCAAACCGGACAAAAUGAUGCCCUUUUUCAUACAAGACAUAAUGGGCAAUUUGUCUGGCAUGCCGGGCUUAUUCAUCUCCUGCGUUUUUAGUGCUUCACUCAGCUCGCUUUCCGCACAUCUCAACUCCUUGGCGGGCGUUGUCUACUUCGACUACAUCAAGCCACAUAUUCGACAUACGGAGGCGCGUGCCAAUGGCUGCAUGAAAUUGGUUGUCGUUGCCAUGGGAGCUUACUGUAUCUUGGGCGGCUUCGUUGUGCAGAACUUUAAGUCAAUUCUACAGACUGUGUGGACAAUUACGGGCAUUAAUACGGGCGCUGUCACCGGCGUCUUCUUCUUGGGCAUGUUUGUGCCACGAGCUAAUGGCAAGGUGGCUCUAACCAGCAUGUUCUUCAGCAUGCUUGUCAUGCUGUGGAUUAUAAUAAAUGCGCAGCUCAACUUUAAAUCGGGACUGAUUAGGUAUGAUGUGCUGCCCAAUUCCUUGGAUCAAUGCGAGGCGCGUGGCUUCCAUACGAUUGCAAAUGCCAUCAAUGCAACAAUGGCUACGACACCAGCAACAACAACAGCUCCUAUGCCGAGCAAUAUAACAACAGCCUUUGACAGCAAUCGGGAGUUCUCUAUCUUUGACAUUUCUUUUUACUGGUACAAAGUGUUGGGAGCUAUACUUAUAUUCGUCUGGGCAGUGCCAAUGAGUUACGUCUGGCGUCCAGAUAAGAAAAAGAUAUUAGAUCCUAAACUGUACUCUCCCUUUGUGCGCGGUAUGUUAAAUCUUCCGAGUCAAGAGCAGGAGCUGGAAGAUUUGCCUUUGAAAGAGCCGUUGACAAAACUAGAAAAGGAAAAUCUAGCAGCAUAACUAAUUUAAUACACGUUCC